CAAAAAAAAGCUACGAUCCCGCGAUUCUCACGCCUCUACGCACUUUUGCAGUUAUCCUUUGCUCGCAAUGCCUCCCGUUGCCCCGAUCCAGCAUGGCGGCGCCCAGGCCCCGUCCACUUUUGACAAACUCAAGAUGGGCGCAAUGAUGGGCGGAUCUGUUGGUGUUAUUAUGGGCUUCAUUUUCGGCACCGUUAACAUCUUCCGAUAUGGCGCUGGGUCCCAAGGCAUCAUGCGGACUCUCGGCCAGUACAUGGGCGCAUCUGGUGCUACAUUCGGAUUCUUCAUGGGCGUUGGCAGCGUGAUCCGAUCAGAUGCCGACCCCAAGCUACAAGAACUGUACAUGCGAGCGCAGCGACGGCCGAUAGUAUUGAGAGCGAACUCGGCUUGGAGAAGAGACGAAUAAUCACCCAUACACAAACAACGAAUGGACGAACCACGCGAGAGGUCAAUCGUUGGCUGCAAACUGCGUAUACCGGUAGCCUAAUCGGCUGCCCUGUAAGAUAACAAUAAAUCAAACGACAUUUACGAUCAAAUCCGACGCAAAUCAUGUCAUGUAUGUCUAAACUAUGUGAAAGGGCUUGGGGACAUUGGGAGCUUUGUAUACAAGAACGAAAUUUUCAUAAGCUGGUGGGAAGCUAUGAGGGAAAGCAUCAGGAGCUUUAUCUGCUUUGGCAUGGACGAAAUAACUUUUCUCCUUCUUAUUUUAAUAGUGUGCC